CGCGGCGGCGGCGCUGUGGGCCUCGCAGGCAGCCGCGCGCCGCGGCGCACAAAGGCUGGCGCCUGUGUGAGCCGCCCGGGAGCGGGCAAAGGGAAAGCGAAAUCCGCGGGGGCGGCAGGUGACGGCGAAGGCGCGGCGCCGCGGUCCCGAAGCGGGGGCCCGGGCCUGCCCCGCCCCGCCCCGCCCCCUGGGCCCGGGGACUGAAGCGCGCCGCCGCGGCCAUGGCCAUCGCCCACCUGGCCACCGAGUACGUGUUCUCGGACUUCUUGCUGAAGGAGCCCUCGGAGCCCAAGUUCAAGGGGCUGCGGCUGGAGCUGGCCGUGGAUAAGAUGGUCACGUACAUCGCCGUGGGGCUGCCGCUGCUGCUCAUCUCGCUGGCCUUCGCGCAGGAAAUCUCGACGGGUACUCAGAUAAGCUGUUUUUCCCCAAGUUCCUUCUCCUGGCGGCAGGCUGCCUUUGUGGAUUCUUACUGUUGGGCUGCUGUUCAGCAGGACUCCUUGCAGGGCGAUUCUGGACGCCUUCCACUAUGGCUGCAUAAGUUCUUCCCUUACAUCCUGCUGCUGGUUGCUAUCCUCCUGUACCUGCCCUCCCUGUUCUGGCGUUUUGCAGCUGCUCCUCAUCUUUGCUCAGAUUUGAAGUUUAUCAUGGAAGAACUUGACAAAGUUUACAACCGUGCAAUUAAAGCUGCAAAGAGCGUGUGUGAUCAGGACAUGAGAGAUGGUGGCAGCCCAGUUGUGGGUGUUAAUGAGAACAUGGGGCAAAGUUUGUGGGAGAUCUCCGAAAGCCACUUCAAGUACCCAGUUGUGGAGCAGUACUUAAAGACAAAGAAAAACUGUAAGACCUUGAUCGUCAAGUACCUCAGCUGUCGGCUGCUGACGCUCUGCAUCGUACUUUUGGCGUGCGUCUACCUGGGCUGUUACUUCAGCCUGUCCUCCGGGUCUGAUGAGUUCGUUUGCAGCAUCAAGACGGGGAUCCUGAGGAACGACAGCACCAUCCCCGCUGGCUUUCAAUGCAAACUAGUCGCUGUCGGCGUCUUCCAGUUGCUCAGCCUCAUCAACCUCGUGGUCUAUGUUCUGCUGGCCCCCGUGGUCAUCUACACACUCUUUGUUCCGUUCCGACAGAAGACAGACGUCCUCAGAGUGUAUGAACUCCUGCCCACUUUUGAUGUCCUGCAUUUCCAGUCUGCAGGAUACAGCGACCUGAGUCUCUACAACCUUUUCUUGGAGGAGAAUAUAAGUGAGCUCAAGUCAUACAAGUGUCUGAAAGUCCUGGAAAAUAUUAAAAGCAGUGGCCAAGGCAUUGACCCGAUGGUCCUCCUGACUCACCUUGGCAUGAUCAAAAUGGAUGUCGUCGACGGCAAGAGAGUUGAACCCAUGGAAAUGAUGGGAGAGGAGCCAGAGGACCCGAUGACAGAGCUCAAAGAUUCAAAUGUACCCAGUGAAACUAAAGUAAACAACGGAGAGAAAAAUGCUCGACAGAGACUUCUGGAUUCUUCUUGCUGAUAAUUUCUUUUCCCAUUGAACUUGAGAUCCGUGACUCCAGUGACAUAGAUUUAUAUUGGCCGAAGCGCUCUGUCAGGUGCCCAGCUGAUUUGCAGCAGGUGGUUCUUGGUAGAGUAGAGAUACUGAGUGUGCCUGAUUGAGUCUCCAAUGAAAAUGACGACCCGCAAAACAUUGUGGGAGAGUGGUUCAUGAACUCCCGAUGAGAAGCACCGUGAUAAGUAAAGCACAGCGAGCAUGUGUAAGUCCUUGUCACAUGGAAAGAGGGAAGGCAUCACAGUCAAAGUCCACGCCCUGUUUGUGCCUCAAGGAAACACCUUUCUGUAGAAAUGGUGCAGUGGGACUCAGAGGUGCCAGUGAGGACUUCAGGAAGGGUUUAUUUGUGGUAUGAAAGAAUAUAAACAUGUCAGGAUCCAAUUUUAAUAUGAAUCUCCUAUGUGCCCUUAAUGACUGUUGCACAAGAAAAACAUUCACUGGCCAGCAGUGGACUCACAGAUGGACCUGCCGUUGGUGGAGCCUGUGGUGGGCAGGGGCCUGUGUUGGGGACAGUGCUGGUGUAAUGGGUCUUGUUCCACCCAGGCUCUCUUUGCACUGCUGCCUGUCAGCCAAGGCUGAGAUCGCCGACCACUGUUUGCUGCUCUCUGUUCCUAUGGGCCGCGGCCCACGCUCUGCUUCCCCCGGAAACUUGGUGAAGACUAUUGCCCCCCCGGGAUAUUUAAUUGUGACUUCUGUACAGGCAAGGAUGCUUCUCAGAGAGCCCAGUGAGGAAGCCUGGACACAAAGAACAAAUUAUUUAAAUCAGUUUUCCAAGAGGUUUUGUGCAGGUCAUUCCUUUGCUAUCAAAGGAAUUGAAACAGGAUGUUACUUAAACAAAUGAACAGAACACAGAAUUGCUUUUCAAAAGGGGACAUUUUGCUUAUUCUGAUCAGAACAUGUAAAUGACAUCUGCCAUAUGGUGUGCUUGGAACCAGACCAGCUUAGUGGUUUAUUUUAUUUAUAUUUAAGCACAUUUUUAAAAAAUUCAUUUUAAUUUAGAAUCGUGUGAUGUCAGAAUUGAAGCCAUGUGGGAAGGAUGUUCUAGCAUUGAUGGAGAAUUUACAGAUGGCUAUGUAACACCCAAGAAUUAUUUCAUAAACAUUUAAGGCCAAUUCAGAAUAUAUAAACACCUCUCUCAGUUCUAACCAUGUAAAUUAGGCCCAAACUAAGUUUACAUUUUAUACAAAAUCCUUUGAAACUUUAUCUGUGGAUCUCCCUGGUUUUACUCUUAGGAAGUUAACACAUUACUAAAGUGAGUAAUCCUCAGGAACCUCAAAGUUUACAUUGGACCCUAGGGAAAGCUGUUUACCUAACCUAAUUAUGUUUGAAAAACAAACAUUAUAUAAGCUGCUCAGAGUAUUCUGAGAGUAUUCUACUCUCUUUUUGGAAUAUUCACAGAAGUAGAUUUAGUUGCACUUCUCUGAUUGUUUCUGAGAUGGAAAGUUAAUGCUAAAUCUUAAGGAUGCAAUCAGUGCUUUAAAUUAUUCUUAUAUGAUAUUUAUUACCGUUGAAUCACAGUGCGACUUAGAAGUAGCAAAACCUAAAUACUCCAUUUUCCUCAUUUUUAUAUCACCAUAUCCAAGUGUCCAUCACAGCUCUCUAGACUGGUUUCUUUUUAUACUUUGAAAAGAUUUCAAAGAGCUAUUUUUUCUGUGGUAUAGUCCAGCUCCCCGCCAGCUCCAUCUUGUCUAUAGGCUGACCCUAAUUUGUGUUUUGAAGUAAUAAAGUGGAUCCAUUUUUUAGGAAACCAGUAGCUCCCUAAGCCCUAUCACAUAUAAUCCUUUCAUCAGAGUUGGUAUAGUGGGACUCCUUGACCUCUAUUCUUCUCCCCUCUUCUUCCAUGCUGAGCUCCAGUAGGUUCUGGGGUGUCCCAGGCUCGUCAUGCUCGUCACUGAUCGUUGCAUAUAAUGAAUCAGGCUAGUUCCCGUCUUGGAGGAGUUCAGAGCCUAGUCAAAGGCAGCAGCAGGUAUAAAGAAGAGUUGCCACAAUAAAAACCCUUCCAGAAAACUCCCAGCAACUGCUCUGUGUUCUCGGGAGGCAUCGUAUUGUUCUCCUCUCUCCCAUAACUUCUGUAGCUGGUGGUCUCUAGAGUCUAGUUGUAGUUUUUUCCAAAGAUUUUUUAGCACCAGUCUUCCACUGUGAAACUUGAACAAAACGCUAGCGUAGUGAUUUUGAGCACUAAGAGCUCUAAUGGCCUUCUGGACCUUACCGUGCAGGGGAGGGGAGAGGGCAAGCCCUUGAGUGACCGUCAUGGAGGUAAGAGGCUGACGGAGAUCCCCAGUCCUACAUGCCGGCUUGGGGAAAAUUGUUAUCAGAAAAGUGAACUCAUCCAUCUCCUGCAAGUUGCUGACUUAAAGGACUACUUCUGAGGGUUCCCUUUCCCGAGGGUAAAGAGUCAUUUCAUUGCUUUCCAGAAAAUGGGCAGACAGAUCCUAAAUGCGUACACAGGGCUACUGACUUUGUUUCCAGCUCAUGCCUUGCUAGUAAACCACCUGCUGGAGCUGGAACCAAUCACUCUGAAAGCAGUGUCCACCUACGUGUUUGCUUUCACCACAGGACGGGCAGAGACUUCCAGCGUGUACAUUGUUGGAAGUUUCGGGAAGUUACAAACCCAAAAUAUUUUAAAAGCUACAAACCCUUUCCUGUGAUACACAUAUAAGACUAAAUACACCUUCUGAGGCCACUGGCGUCCGCGCACCUAAGGUUCAAAUGCUGUGCUCCCAUGGCCAGAGACCAGGCCACAGGCAGACAGUAGAGUCCCCUGUGCCCUGUGGAAAGCCAAGGCUUCCAGUGGUGUCUCAGCUCUGUGUUUACUUAGUAAAAUUAUGUUUGCACACUCAUAAGUGUGCCAGACCUUUUUUGAGGAGCGGAUCUCAUUUUUUAGAGACAGGCUGAAAAAGCGGGUUACGGGAAUGGGUGGGUGGCAGUACCCUGGAGAGAUCAGGCUGUUGCCAGUGACCCCUAGUAUGUGGAGAGGGUGAGCGUAAUGCUUCUACAGAGCUUUGUGCGACUUUAUGGUGGUACUGUGAAAAUGCUAGAAACUUCAGUUGGGUGGCAGGUCUUGUUGCAUGUUUAUGUUUGUUCCUAGAAGCUACCUGUUAACUGAGCAUCCUGUCCUAUCCAAGAACGAGCCAAGCUGGGAUGGCUGGGCGCCUCUGGCCUUGCUCCUGUGCAAGCCCCACUCCCGGGGCAGAUUAUUGCAGUUCUUAAUGUGUGUUUGUAUUGGCUUAUUUUGCUUAUUGUCAGUGCCAGGUUAACAGAACAUCCACGAGGGGAGUUUUUAUCUACCGCUGUAGUGUAAGUGAAGACAGUGACUGGCCUGUGAUAGGCAGCCUGUAAAUAUUUGCUGAACAAACGAACACACUGUUGUGAGAAGUCUGGUGUGUUGGCAACAGUGAUUUGAUUUUAAAAGGCAAACAGGCCUCCGCAGGAGACGAAACGGGAGACUCGCUCAGCCUCUUGGUGGAGAGAGGAGUGUUUCUGUCCAUGACCCGGCCUCCACAAGUAAGCAGUGAACAGAAGGUUCUUAACUUCUUACUGUGGAGUCAGAUGUGGCCUCCUUUUCAGUUCAACACAAGUUCACUCUUGCCCUGCGAUGAUUAGCGGAAUUGAAAUUUUGAAGCUCCGGAUCUCAGUGAUUUCCCAGAACAACCUCUCAAAACGGAUCGCAGAUUGAAAUGUGUAAUUAGCACUGACUGGGGUUUCCGAUGAGGGCAUGGAGGUGAAAUGGCCCCUCUGGGCAAUCGUUGGCCAUUGGCCUUGUUUUUCACAGGUAAUAUGAACCCUUUAAAAAAGGUUGUCAAAGAGGACACUGUGUCAUUUGUGGAGCAGAAUAGAUGUAAAUUCACCAUUGGUUCGUUCGGCCUGCUUGAAAUGAAGUGUAUUAUGUUUGAGGGGGUUCUCUUUUUAGCUGUUAAAAAUACUUUGUCACUUAAAGCCUGCAGUUUGAUCUGUGAUCCUUCUUCAAGUUCUUAAAAGUUGCUGUAGUUUCUCAUGCCUGGAGUGCUUUCCCCUGCCCAGUGGAGGAGGAAAAUCCUUGUAGAAUUCAACAGUGUCACAAGAGUGUUCCCUACAAAAGCUGAAGCCGCCAGUUCCUCUUAAACAAGUUGGCUUCUUAAAAGCACCAUAAUUACAGUCUAUUGGAGUUCUUUAAAGUGUUGCUCUGGGCAUAAUUUAAAUUCUUUUUAAUGACUAAACACCUUCAAAACUUUUAAAUAAAAAUACGCGUGUUCCCUUCUGUGCCAUUCGGUAAGCAUAAUCGCUUUCUAGUCCACAAAGAUCAAAAGAUGACAGCGUAUUAUGGUGUUAGAAAAUGAUCCUUUAAAAAAGCACAAGAAUCUUGAAAGCUCUGCAGUUUGAUGGUUCUAACUGGUACAUUUUAUAUUUCCACGUAAGUCGUUUGUCCAAGUUCUGCAGUCUCAUCAAGCCGACUUCCCUUUAAGGAGGGAUCAGAGGCUGCCCUGUCUGUAGAUGAAGCUAAAACAAUGUUUUGGUUUUGUACUGUCCCAUCCACCUCAAUAAAACUUCUCUCCAUAAUGGAAAAA